UAAGUGAAGCUUCAUCGAACAAGGAUCAGUUAGUAAACACCGAAUUGUCUUAACAAUCAUAUACGUCUCACGCGACAUGUCGGUUAUCGAAUCGUUGCUGAAUUUUCCUCUUUCUCACGUCUCAGACAAUGUCUGUCGAUUUUGCCAGAAAACAUUCUGCUGCACGAAAUGCCGCGAUCGCCAUGUGGAUAACGUGCAUCCGGGUCUGAACGUCAACUGUUCCCUGUGUGCCUCGAAAACGCUACCGAUGAAACAGUUCGAAUUUGAGAAGUUGCUAUGGGAGAAUAAGAAAUUGUUGUCCCACAUAAUCGACAAGCACCUGCCGUUGCAUUGUGUUCUGUGCGAAAAUCGGAUUGAGACCAGUGAGGAUCUCAGGUCUAUCGGUGUAUGUAAAUGGUACUCCGAGCAUCGUCAGAUACUGAUAAACGAGAGGUUGCCGGGAACACCUGCGACAACAAGUUUUGAUUUGAAGCUGAAACGCAGCCUGAGUGAUAACAGUCACGCGUUCUUCACGCCACCCGAGAUCUACCGGAACACCAGCACACCGAUGUUCAUCAGCCAGAAGAACAGCUUGGAGUACCAGACGCCAUGUGCACCUAAUUUCACUCUGAAGACUCCCAAGACCAACUCACCGUUGAUAGCGCAGAGUAACGCGACUUCGAAGAUUCAGCAAUCGCAAAACGGCGACAGCGACAUCAAGUUCUUCAGCUUCUCCCCGAACAUGGAGAACAUGGAGAAUGUAGGGAUGACGCCCUUCAGAAGCAACGCUGAUGAUCAGUUCCCCAGAAGUAAUUCCGGCAGGAAGCUGAAUAUCAAGGAGUCAAAUGAGACCGUGCAUGGCAAAGCCGAGGAGGUAACUUCAAACGACGACAUAACACAUCCCUUAAAUAUGGAUCUAACGAUGCCCUUCCAGAGCAAUGCUGAUGAGCAAUUUCCUACAAGUAAUUCCGGCAGAAAGCUAGACAUCAAGGAGUCAAGCGAAACUGUGUCGAAUGAAGCCGAAAAGUCUUCAUAUGACAAUUACACAAUGUCUCUCAUAGAUAUGGAUCUAACGAACAUCGAGGACAAUAUUUCUCAAGAACAUACACCGAAGCUAAAUGUCGGAAGUCGCGAGGAAUCUAGCAGGGCGUCGGACGUGGUAAAGAAGGUGAGAUUCUCCGAUCAGUAUGAAACUCUGUCGAAAUUCGGGAACCAAGUGGAAUUCUACGUGAAGAACAUGACGGAGGAGGGUGACGACGUGUUUCAUGACGCCCAUGACGUAUCGGGCGUCGUGAAAAAUACGAAAAGUACAGAGAGCACACAGAAUACAGAGAAUACGAAGGACGUGAACGACACGAACGACUCGAAGAAUACGAAAAUUACGAAAGACACAAAGGAGAAGGAUUCAAAAGAACAAGAUACGGAGGAAAUGAAGAAUGAAAACAUGGAGAAUAUAAAGGAUGCAAAAAGCAACCAAGUCGAUGAUCAAAAGCGCUGCUUAGUAAUGUCCUCGAAGGACUCCUUAGACAACACGGAGAUCAAUACCUGCCAGGAAAAUCAGCAGAAUGCGGAGAAGGAGAAUCGUGUUGUCGAGGCGUUGUCCAACGGCGUAUCAAUUAUGACUCAAAAAGGUACCUCCAGGAUGCUGAUGAUGGUGUUGGUAGAGAACAACUCGGAGAAUCUUAACAACGACCUGAUGCCCCUGAUCGAUUCUGGUCUGAAGAAGUUGGGAGAGCAGAUCAUAUCGCCGUCUUCGGAUACUUGUGAAUUUUCGAACGUCAAUUCGACCGAUUAUACCAGACAUUCCGUCACGAAAGUGGAAAUGAAUAUUUCGAGUGUCGAAAAUUAUUCUAACAAUAGCAACAACGUGGAGAUAAUGAAAGAUCAUCAGCAAAUAGUGUCAGAUUUUCCUUCGUCAUCCACAGAAAACGGCCAAACAAGUAGCAAUGGUGGGAUCCUAUCGACUGUCGCGCAAGCUGUGAGAUUAGCCUUCAAGAACUUAUCUAGUGUGACCAGCAGUGUUAAUAGUUCCCAAAUGGUUCAACAACGACAGAUUGUCGGGGAUACAAUGUCUUUACCAGAAACAAAUAUCUCGUGUAAUCUCGAUAACAAUCUCGAGGUACGUUAUGGCAAACGGGCUCGCGAUGAGGUAUCCUCAUGGGUGAAUCCAGUUCCUGUUUCAUUGGACAUCAAGAGCCCCUUGCCAAAGCGCAAAAGAGGAUGGUACAAGAUUAAAGGACGUCGGCCGAUCCGCAGCGUACGAAAUGAAGCUACUCAAGUGAUUUCACCUAGAGGAGUGUCCUCGGAAACUCAAUUCUUUAGUCAAGGAUCAUUGACAGUAGGCGACACGGUCUUGCCGCUUCCUACGAGAGCUCACUCAAAAGUUUCACUCGCAUCAGCCGAAUGACAAUUUCUUUUUCUUUUGUUAUUUUUUUUAUAUAGAAUUAAAACUAAGUCAUUGUACAAAAAUAAAAAAUUUACGAUAGCAGUGACCUUCAUUGUAAAAAUCAUUGACAAGUAUUCAUGGUAAAAUUCUUCUUUUUUUUUUAAAUAACUACUUUCUGAAAGAAAGACUUCACUGUAAAUUCUUACUGAUAGGUUUUAUUCAAGAACAUUUUAUUUAAAGAUUGAACAAAAUUAUGUAAGUACAAUAGUGUAUGUUAUAUUAAAUAUAUCCUGUAUAUAAAUAUAAUCAAUUUCUUUUUUAGAUACAUGCCACAUUGUUUAUAGUGGUGGUAAUAAAGACAGUUUGCGAAAUAUAUUGUUUUCUCACUUUAGUUUUCAUGUUAUUCAUAAAGAUGAUUUAAAUAAAACUAAAUAAGGUUUACAUCUUAUAGUUAAGUAACCCGAUAUUUGUGCUAGUCGAUGAAACAUCCAAACCUUAUUUCUCAGUACCACGAUCGAGAGUGAUAAGUCAGACAAAAUGGGUGCGUCAGUACCAGGGUUGGGUAAGUUAACUUUUUUUUUUAACUAAGUUAAGUUAAAGUUAAUGGUUUUGA